GAAAGGUAUAAAAAUGAUUUGUUUAAUUUUACUUGUUUUUUCGUUUUUUUCUGUUCAGAGCUUGGAGAAUAUUAUCGGUCGCGGUUCUUACAGAGUAACGAACUUACAGCAGUGUGAAGGGUAUGAACAGCAUCUGUUCAACUUAGACUUGCACCGGAGGAAAAUGAACAGGACGCACGAUGGGUUCAACGGCGUCCUCAAAAUCGAAACACGCCUAGACGAUUCCUAUGGAAUUGAAAUCAAAGUGUGUAAGUUCGUUGACGGUGGGUGCAAGCCCUUUACUGUAUUGAAAGACGAGAGCUUCACUAAAUUUGUAGAAUAUCACAUUGGAAAGAACGUGGAAAAAAUUUUAAGCGCUGCAGGGGUGGAACCCGCCAGAUUUCCGAUAGAACCGUGUGAAAAGAAAAUUACAGGCUACCUGUUUAGCUAUGAAGAAUUACCUCAUGCUGGUCUCUACGGAUCUUUUCAUUGUCACACGACAGUACUACAGAGGAACGGUGAUGAUAACGAAGUCGUCGGAUGUCUCGACGUUACCUUUGAAUUUAAAGCAAACAACGAUAUUAAGAUAAUUUAAAAUAUGA